AUGGCUAGUGGAUCGCUGGCAUAUCGACCACACCAGGAUCUGGACACAGACCUGACGAAGUUUGGCUUCCUAGUCUAUGCCGGAACCGUUCGUGACUUUCACGAGUGGGAGUUCCGAGCUAUGACAAGGUGGAAGCAGACCAAGGUUGAGGAGAGAUCCGACCUUGCGUCCAAGUUCCUCGACUCCUUAAGGAGCGAGGCAUACAUUGUCGCAGAAGAUUUGGGUACCGACGUUCUGUUCUCGAGUCAGAACAUCCCCAAGGUGAUCGAGGCAGUUAGAGAACGCCUGUUCCCUCUGGCGGAACAAGAGACGAAAGAACUUUAUCGGUUAGGGACCCAAGUCGGCGGCACGUUGUCACGACAGCCGGGAGAGCCGAUGAUCUCCUACAUCGACCGCCGCAAGCGGUGGCUACGCAAGCUUCAGCAAUUAGACAAGGCCCUUCACAUAAGUGAAGCGGUGCUGACAGAUCUGUUGCUGGACAACAGCGGGCUCACCCGGCAAGAGCGACUCAUGGUGCUGACCUCGAUGUCAGGCAGCACAGCGACGAAGGAUGCUGAAGCAUCGCUGAUUCGCAUGCAUAAUCGUAUCCAUACGUUGGAACGAAAGCAGCCAUCCGCCAAAGGCGGAACUGGUAAAGGGAAAGGUUUCCACAGGAAGGGAGACCGAGGAAAAGGUAAAGGAUACGGCAAGAGAUCCCAGAAAGGGACUGCUUACACGUACCUUUCGGCCGUGGAAGACCUUUUCGAGUACCCUGACGCCGAAGAAGACGACGACGGAACGGCCUACCUGGCAGGCCAAGAGGACCAGGACGGCCAGGACGGUGAUGGACAUGACUGGGCGUACCACGGAGAAGAGCUCCCCGUGUACGACAAGGAAGAGGACACCGCGUGUGUUGCUCAGUCGGCCGACGCUUCCCUAAGGGACGUCGAGCUUGAUGUCUUCACCGCCUUUAUAGGCGCUGGGUUCGAUGAGGAAGACAAAGAGGCUUUGGCGUUUCUCGCAGACACCGUGCAGUGCGAGACCGUUGCCUUUAUGGCGCGGGCCAAGGCUAAGGGUAAAGGAAAGUCUGUGAUGCAGAGGAGUGCACAUGGAUAUCGGCCGCGAUCUACCGGUCUCACUGUUGAAGACAGGAGACGGAAGCUUCAUGAGAUUAAACUCAGGAGCACGUGCAAAACGUGUGGCAGAAAGGGCCACUGGGCUGGUGACAAGGAAUGCCCAGGCCCAGGGAAAGGUGCAGGAAAGCCCGCAGUGGCACACCUUGCCCAGGUCAGGCGUGUGAUGGAUAAAUCCACACAGACCUGCGACUUCAUCGCUAGCCCCAGCGAGAGCGACAGCGAGAGUCAAAGCUUUGACCCGGAGCCAACAGCGAACUACGUUAGCUUGGGUCAGGACUCUGAGACGGAGCCUGCGGCGUACAUGGGUUUCUUCGACAGGACUGACUUUGAAGAGUCCGACGAAGAGCUCCUGGACGACUUUGCGUCGCAAGGCGCUCCCUCCACGGAAUGGGAUACCAUAGAGUACCCUGACGGCAGCGACCAAGUGUUUCGGUUCGGGAUGCAUAGGGGUAGCACCUACCUUGAGGUUUUGCAGAACCACCCCGAUUACUACCAUUGGGGCCUCAAGGAGAAAGAGCCGAGCACCAUGCUGGAAGCAUGGCUUGUCUGGGUCUAUCGCAACUUUGAGGUUCCACCGAUUGGCGGUGGAAGGGCUACACUCAGGGCAGCCACGUUGCCGGUGGAGGCCGACUCGCUGCAGAAGGCUAGGAAGGAGGUGACCCUUGAGAAGGCACCUAAGAGCAAGCUCGGGUUGUUGAAGCCGGAUCCCAAAGGACCGUGCGUUGGAGGCUGUCCCGCACAUGCAUUGAACAAAGCAGGGAGCAAUGCGCACGUAGUCAAGACCACUUGCAUGUUGUGCGGUAACAGGAUCUCAAACCCGAGACCAAAGGCCGUACCGAAGAAUGACCCCCUCACGUGCGAGCACAAGCGCACGGACAACAGGAACAGCACGAGAUCGGUACACCGCACCUUUUGCCUUGAUUGUUGCACUGUGGUAGAGGAAAUCCCUCAGAAGCUCUUUAAGGAGCAGAAGGGACUCGCCGAGCAGGUGCAGCAGUCUCCACUCAAGGUGCAGAACCUCACGAGGAGACAGCUGGAGGAGUACAACUUUAAGAAGUUUGAGGCAGGUGAGGUGGUAAAGAAGUUCUUCAAGCACAUGGACAAGUUUUUGUUGAAAGUUGACCAAGUCAGUUCAACCGAGUUGUCUAGUUGCCUUGAGGAUGCGAUGGACCAGGUUGUAGAGCAGACGAAGUUACGCAUGCAACAUGGUAGGGCCGCUGAUGUAGCUAGGUCUAGUCAGGACGUAGAGCCCCCACCUUUGCCUGCGUUUUCCCCAGUACGUAGAGAGCGUAGGAGUGCACAGCCUCGUGAGCAAGCUUCGCCCGCCGCCGCAGCAGCAGCUGGCCCGAGAGAGAGAGGAGCAGCUCGGAAAGGGCUGGGGAAGCCGCGAAAAGUUCGCCGGCGUGGCAGUGGUGAUCCCGAAGGGGACACCAAGCUGACCCUCACAGCCUUGGUGGGGCAGCUGCAGCGAGAUGAUCUCGAAGGAGACAUCAGCCCGAAGAGCGACCACGAAAACGUCUGGGUGAUGCUGGACGAGGGCUGCAACCAGACAUGCCACGGGACGAAAUGGAGGGCUCACUCCUCAAAGGUCCUGGCAAAGUUUGGGUUGCAGUUCACCAGCGUGCGCUCGAGCGGCACGAGCUUCAAGGGCAUUGGAGCGGCUCGAGCGACGGGCAAGUUCGCAAUGCCGUUCGCCCUCCGCAUCAUGCCGGAGAGCGGAGGCCUUCGCCGGAGCACCCGUCUGCAGGGAGAGCUCUCCAGUGUGGAGCUGGACUCUCCGGACGUGCUCUGCCUCCUGUCCUUGCAGGAUCAGGUUCAGCUUGGCCUGAUCAAGGACCUGAGGCGCGGCGAGUGCCGAAUCUCGGGCUACGCCGGGACACUGCAGUUGGCGAGGCACUCGAAGACCGGCCUCCUCCUCCUGUGCGUGAGCCAGUUUGGGGCGAACGUUACAGAGAGGCACAGGAAGUUUGCAGUGAAUCCGGAGGUGAUCCCUAAGAGGACAUCUAAGAAGGAGAAGAACACUUUCUCGAUCCCUUUGAGGGACGGGACGGCACGCAAGAAAGAGACCUUGAUCCCUUCAGGGGACAAGGACAGCACGGCGUACAUGCUGUCCGAGAUGGUGAAGGAGACCGAAGGGCAGCGGAAGAACGUUUUGGUGGUCACGUUGGGCUUGGAGAAGCUAGAGACCUGCCAACGUGGGCGCGGCACCUACCGUGGACUCACGGAACUUAUCCGUGGUAUGCGAAAGGGGCAGUCGCACGAGUUCUCGCUGAACAACGAGGCCCACGAGGACACGCUUCUGGAAAGCCUGCGCCAGAACUUUGAGUCCUUCCGGGACUACGCCACGGAGCAGAUCCUUUUUCUGGACUGCCGGCACAUGAACGACCCGGGCAAGGACAAGUCCCUCAGGGACCACUUAGGCACGUACCCCAAGAACGUGCAAGCCAUGGUUUUGGACCCAAAGACGAACGGAAAAUGGGUGGCGUUCAUGAAGGAGGUCGUGCCGGCCGUGCACAAGCUCAUCCAGGAGAACGAGCAGUGCGUGAUCUUUAUGUUUUGCAAAUCGGGAAGACACAGGUCUGUCUCGAAUGCAAAGAUCAUGUACGAUCUCAUAAAGGAGACGUACGAAGUGGAAGCGAGUCUACUUCACCUUUGCGACGGUUACAACUGGCGAUAUCUAUGCGGUGGUUGCGCGGAGUGCAACUGGGAGUCCAAGGAGGCUCGAAGCACCGCAGAGAAGGUGAUGGACUUCGCGAGGGAGCGCUGGUUCGAGUUCGUGCCCAAGGUGUGGGUGCGAAAGGACGGCCAGCGCCGCCUGGGCGACGAUGGCGUCGUGGUGGAAGAGCCGAUCCCUUCGGGGACAGCUCAGGCAGCGGGCGCGGGAUCAAGCAGUGACCCGCCGCAGCCUGACUCGGCUGUCAAGCAAGAGGCCGCUCAGGACGAGCAGCUCGGAGAUGAGGACCACGACGAGGGCGACACCACUGGGGCAGCCGAGGCCAGUGCCAGUUCGAAGGCACCGGCGCAGCCUUUCACGGUGGAGAUCCCAGACGGUGUGUCGGUGCCAGUCCACGACUUGCGACCAGAGCUGGAAGGAUUAGAUGACAAGUCCCUUGAAAAGGUAAGUUUUCUUUUUCUUUCUAGGGUUUAUAGUGUCUUCAACCCAGCGAAGCUUACGGAAGUCACUACGCUGGUCGCCAAGUACGUGGACCACACCUCGCUCACCUGCGCCGUUGCCGCGAAGUACUUAGACUACGAGGCGGCGAGGGCACUUUUGUCGUCGCUGGUGGCUGACGUCCGAUCCGGAAAGCGGACGGAGAAAGAGUGGGACACUGACCUGGAGCUGGCUAACCGGAGCCUGGACCAGGCGAUCCUCCAGCUGGACGAGGACAAGGACACAAGAGGCACGGUGAAGUUGCCUUUAAAACUUGGUUACAGCCAGGCGUGGGGCACGAAGGUCCCGACGGAGUUGCAGCGCUACCGCAAACACGUGGCGAUCCAAUGGACGUCCGAUGGGCCCUGGGAGUGGCACGAGACCAACGUGGCCGCCCACUCAUGGGUUUACUUCGGCGACCGUUGGGACCAGCACCCGCGCCACAUGUUGGUGUUCUUGGUCCCGCCACGCGGUGGCAGUGCCUUCUACGUUGGAGGCAUGCUUCCGGAUCUCAUGGCUUCCGACCUGAAAGUGAUGAAGAAGGAGACCGGAAAGAUGUUUGAGGAUUCUUGCAAGAACCUCAACACGCACGACGACCUGCUGAUGCAGGCCUUGGGGCUCCCGUCGGUGGCGAUCACGGGCGAGCCGCCCACGAUCUACGCCCUGGCGAACUCGGAGUUCCAGCCCGGAUCCCUUGAGAGGACCGGCGCCAAGGUGAUCGUGCGACACCCUGGCUACCGUAUGAUCCUUCUGGAGGACAUCGGUUGGCAGAAGCAAAUCUCUAAAGAGAUUGCUAAGAUCCGUCCCGACCUCCUGCUGUUGGUGUACAGUUUGGAAGACCAGGUAGGUCUCACCCCGCAGGUACAGACCUGGCUCCAGUCCCUCUCCGCGUACACAAAAGAAGCGAUAGGUGAAGUCAUGUCUAGUUGGGCGAACUGUGACCAUGACAUACACUACUCACCUGUGAGCAUCGACACAGUAGGCACGCAAGUUGGUUUUGCCGAAACCUUGUUGCUUGUGUUGCAAGAGGGCUGUGUAGAGGACCACGUUGCUGAAGCGUUUCCUGUUGAGGCAAGGCAGGAUGAGGUCGAGGAAUCUGGUACUCUAGAUGCUAUAGUGGAUCCCAGAGACAAUAGGACCGCUUUCAUGGAUGAUCUGGAACUCGCCGAGGAAGCAGACAUCUUAGACACGUUGCCUUUAGCAGGGUUUCCGAAGGAAGAGUCCGAGAGGAGAAAGGCAUGGUCUAAGGUACCAAGGCGUGUUCGCUUGGGGAUCAGGAGGUUGCACACCAUGAUGAACCACAAGCCUAAGGAAGUGCUAGUUCAGGUACUUCGUGGGGCAGGUGCUUCUGAAGAGUUGGUGAAUGCAGCUAAGAUCUUCAAGUGUGAGUCUUGCAGGGUUAGCGAAGAGAAGGUUCGCACACACCCUGUGUCAGCUCCACCACCUUACGAGUUCAACCACACAGUUUCGGUGGACGUGCUGGAGACUGCAGACUCAACAGGCGCAAAGUUUAGCUGGCUGAACAUUAUAGAUGUCGGCACAAGCUAUCAAGUUGUGACCUUGGUCCGCGUUGGUGGCGGACAGCCGAGCUCAGCCAAGUGCUUGCAGAAGUUCAUGCAGCACUGGGUUUCCCCUUUUGGGUGGCCAAAGGUGGUUUCCCACGACCGUGGUUUACACAACCGGGGCGCUUUCGCUCACGGCUUGGGUAGCCAUGCAGUCCAGAUCCGCCAAGCCGGACUGGAAUCGCCUGAGCACAUAGGGAAGUGCGAAAGGCAUGGAGGCAUCAUAAAGCGAGCCUUUAAGCGUUUGGUCAAGGACCACAACGUUGUGGGCAAAGAUGAUGUCAAGGUGGCGAUGCUCGAGGCGCAGGUCGCAAAGAACGAGUUCAUGCGUGUUGGAGGCUUCAGCCCCACCCAGUGGGUGCUUGGACGCCUGCCCAGAGGAGUGGGCCACGUUUUGGACGAGGAAGAGCUAGGACAGCUUGGAGUCUUGUCGGGCAGGUUAGAUGCCACGACUGCGUUCGGCCGCCAGGCCGAAUUCCGCCAUACUGCCAGAAAGGCAUUCGUCCAUGAGGAUUGCAGUCGCAGGGUACGAAAGACCGUGUUGCGCAAGGCGGCUCCCCUGCCGGGGAAAUACCAAGCUGGCGACCUAGUUUGCUAUAGGAUCGCGCGAGAUGAGCAUUCAGGCGUUAGUACGUGGUCGACUGUUAGUAAAAUAAUCGGCUUCGAUAACAAAACGGUCUGGGUGGUGCAUCAGGGCGUGCCUGUGGCGACCAGCUUGGCGCGACUCAGACCGUGCACAUCGGCUGAGGUUCUAGCGUUCCAAGUGUUGAACCGUGGCAACAUACAGUACGAGCACGCGGAGGUUGAACGCGAGCAGCAAAGGUACAUUGAUGCCACCGGGGAUGAUCUAUUGCUAGACGACCCAGAAGAGCCGGACGGAGGAAUUGGGAUAGGUACUCCGAUCCAAAUGGACGCCGAAGCAGAUCCUCCGGAGACUGCGGCCGCUGCUCCAGAACGAGCUGUUCGAAGGAGAGUUGGAGCAACACGUGAAGAGUCACGGGCCGUGACUGUGGAGGAGCCAGAGGACGAACAGGUGGACUCUCCAGGAGGGAUCCAAGAGCCGAUGGCUGAGGACACGGCGGUGGACGCCGAUGGUGAGGCCGAGGCCACGGAAGGCAGCUCAGCGCUCCUUUUGAGGGCUUACGCUAGCCACUUCUGGACGAAAGAGGAAAGAACCGUUUGGAACUCACUCCCCGGGGAGAAGGAGUACGAGGCCUUACGGGUUUUCUUCGCAGACCGUGUCGAGGACGACAAGAAGGUGACGCAGUGGCGCAAGCGCCGCAAGAACUUUACGUCCAAGAAGCAGAAGGAGAAGCACGGGAAGAUCCUAAUGUACCACAAGUGCCCUGAGGAUGUCCAGAAGGAGUUGGACAAGAGUAGAGCAAAGGAGUGGGCAAAGUGGCAGGACUUCAGUGCUGCGAUCAUUCUUGAUGACGCUCAGUAUGAUGAGUUGAUCCGUGAAGGACAUCAAGUCAUACCUACCCAAUGGGUAGAGCUGGACAAGAACCACAACAAGAGGUUACUUGAUCCUACUGUGGAGGCCAACUACAAGAGUAGAUUGGUUGUUCGGGGUGAUCUUGAGAAGGGUGAUCCUAGGAGUGAUAGCCCUACUGCUAGCAUAGAAGCUCAGAACUUAGUGUUUUCGUUCGCUGCUUCUAGGAAGGUCAAGAUUAAGUCCCUGGACGUGACCAACGCCUACUUUCAAGGCGAGGAGAUAGAUAGAGUACUUCUACUAUCUCAGCCCAAGGGAGGACUCCCUGGGCUCAAGCCCCACCAGCACAUGCUGGCGAGAGCACCCAUCUACGGCAGCACCGAUGGUGGUAGACGGUUUUGGAAGCGACUUAGGAAUUACCUUAAGGGUAAAGGACUUCGCGAGAACCGCAUCUACCGCGCAUUGUACAGUUACACCGACGCCGAUGGGGUUGUACAGUUGCUCUUGACGUCCCACGUAGACGAUCUAUUGUGGGCUUGCGAUCCGUCAUGUGAUUGGAUCAUGAACGAUCUCAUUGAGACGUUCAAAUGUGGAAAGGUUGAGACCGGGAGCUUCAGGUACUGCGGGAAGGAGAUAAGCCAAGACGAGGAUUUCAAUAUCCAUGUGACCUGCAGCGAGACAACGAGGAACGUGAACAAGAUUCACGUUGACAAGAGGAGGCACCCGGGAGAUCCCUUAACGGACUCUGACAAGACGCAGAUGAAGAGCGUCGCUGGGUCCCUUGCUUGGGUUUGCAGACAAUGCCGACCCGACUUAAGCUAUAGGGUAUCCAAGAUCCAGUCGGCUUCUAGCAAUGGUACCGUCGCUGACAUCAGAGAUGCCAACAAAGCGGUCGAGUACGCUAUUAGCACAUACGACAGAGGACUUGUUUUCAAGUCUGGGCUGUUGGACUGGAAGACACCAGGUGCUCUUUUGAGUCUGGUGAUCACGGACGCUUCUCACGCGAAUGAGUCCGAAGAGAUGAUCAUAAAUGAGAUGACAUCUGUGGAAGGACACCGGAGCCAAGGUGCAAGGAUGGUGUUUCUUACAGACGGCGCCCUGUGGAAAGGGAACAAAGGUAGCAUUCAUCCCAUCUUGUGGGCGAGCAACCUCGUUCGGAGGGUAUGUCGCUCCACCAUACAGGCAGAGGCCUACACACUUCAGGCAGGUGUGGAGGACGGUGACGUGCUGAGAGCAGCUGUCACUGACAUCUUCGGAUGCCUCGAUAUGAAAAGGUGGGAGGCUACGUCGGCCAAGUUUGUGAAACAGAUCUGGAUGACAGACUGCAAGAGUCUGGAACUGACGCUUUCGAAUCCGAAAUGCAAUAAGCAUUCGGACAAGAGAUUGAGCAUCGAGAUCGCGUCUCUCAGACAGGAGCUAUGGCGCAAAGCUGGCGAGAAAGCAGGAGAUCCGUUUUACGACGACUACAAGCCAGUGGAUGAUCAGUUAACUGACAUCGUCAGAUGGAUAGACACUGACGUGAUGAUCGCUGAUCCGUUGACGAAGGUCAUGGAGCCGGUCAAGUUGGUUGAAGCCCUGAAGACCAACACACUCGACGUAGAGCAGCCGCUCGAGAGCGUCGUGAAGAAGCGCGCCAAGCAGCUUCAGAGGAGGUCGACGAAGAAAGAAGAGGACAACGAGCAAGACCGUUGA